CAGAUGCUUGAUGCUAACUGGUCGUGUUUCAGGGUGGCGUUGCGUGGUUCAUUUCUUCAGUGAGUGGAGAUUACAGUGUUAUUAUUCAAGAUGCAGUUCAUGCUUCUAUUCAGUCGACAAGGCAAGCUUAGGCUUCAAAAAUGGUACGUGCCUUUGUCUGAUAAGGAGAAAAAGAAGAUCACCAGAGAGUUGGUGCAAACAGUCCUGGCUCGAAAGCCAAAAAUGUGCAGCUUUCUAGAGUGGAGGGAUCUCAAGAUUGUAUAUAAAAGAUAUGCCAGCUUGUACUUCUGCUGUGCCAUAGAAGACCAGGACAAUGAGCUCAUCACACUGGAAAUCAUCCAUAGAUACGUGGAGCUGCUGGAUAAAUACUUUGGAAGUGUUUGUGAAUUGGACAUCAUUUUCAACUUUGAGAAGGCCUAUUUCAUUCUGGAUGAGUUCUUGCUGGGUGGGGAGGCUCAGGAGACAUCCAAAAAGAACGUAUUGAAGGCAAUUGAGCAGGCUGACCUGCUGCAGGAGAAUAUAGACUUUCAGAUGCGCCUGUUUGCAGGAUGCCAAAGAAGCAGAGACCCCGCGCAGUGUGCUGGAGGAAAUUGGACUGACAUAAACAUCAUCAUCCACUCUGCACACACUUCUUCAUCUUCCAGAUACUCUGCUGUAUGUAGCUGAUUCCAACUCCAAUUCACCAAUUAACACACACACACACACACACACACACACACAUAGCAGACAUGGUUUUCCUGUGCAUCUGUGUUUCACAACUCUGCCUUUGUUUUCUACUACUAACAAUGUAGCAUUGUUUGGGUAUUUCCUACUGAUUUAUUUAUUUAUUCGGUGUGAUGACGAUAACUGUUACUGGGUAAACAAAUGCAGCAUAAUUACAGAUUUUCUUUUCCGUGGGUUGCUUUCCACUCCACACCAAGACACUGUACCAGGUAAACUGCUUGAUUUCAGUUCGACCAAAGCUGAUGUGAUUCCUCUAUCCUGUAAAGUAACUUUGUGAUUCUAGACUAGAUGUGUUAGGCCUACAGUGCAGAAUAGGAUUAUAAUAAAGGGAAGUCAAAAGUAUUACAUUAUAAAGAGAACCAAAGAGUUAUGUUAUUGUGUUAUAUUUGUUUCUUUAAUAUUGCAUUGGGACUAUCAUGGAAUCAUAUAUAGACGAUGCCGUAAGCACAAAAAGUGGCAUCUUGAAUAUAUACAGUGUACUUACAUUGUAAUGAACAAAUGACUGUGAGUUGGCAUGAAAACAAAAAUCAGUGUAAUUUAACAUAUGCCUGUAUUUUACCAUCAUUCCUCUUAGUGUUUAGUUCAUUAGUUUAUAACAUCAGAAUAACACUUUAUAUCGAAUGCCUUAAUAUUAGAUGGAUGUUUAUUUAUUGGAAUAAGAAUGUGGUAAUGACUUAUUAUUGCACCUGCAUGUCAAUACACAGGAGCAGGUAAAUACUUUGAAUUCAUGUAUUAUGUACUUUGGUAUUCACUACUGUUCUUCUUUUUAAGGCUCUUACAAAGUUAUUUGUAUUUCAAUCACUGUAAAUGUCUAAUCAGUGUGACGAACACAAUACUUAAGGCAAGGUUAAAAGCUAAAAAGCUACCUAAAGCUAAAAAAAACAAUCCUUAAAAGUUAAAGUCUGAAACAUCAUAAGAGAACUGUCUGGAUCUUAAACGUGUAAUUUUUUUGCUUUCCUGUAACCUCUCUCAGCACUUGUCAUUUGGUAUUAGAUACAGUAUUAUUCAUGCUCACUAUGUAGUUCAGUGUGAGAUAAGAGUAACAGUAGCUGUAGCCAAUAUGAAUGUGUAAAAUUAAAAAGAAAAGAAAAAGGCUAUGGAUUUGGAGUUACCUUUGGGUUUCUCAUCAUAGCUCACUACCUUAAAUUUAAAGGUUCAGUAUUGAAGAUUAGGGCUUAGCUGUUGGAGUCUGUUUUGUGCUGAGAGCCAGGAGAUCGUUGACAUUAGUUAACUACAUCUCUAAAAUUACAACUGUCUUGUUUACUACAAUUCACGAUGUGUUUUUUUUGUUUGUUUGUUUUGUUUUUUCCACAAGAAAACAAGAAAAUGCUCACUCCUUAAUUCUUCAUUGCCCCCCCCUCUGCUCCUCUACAGCAUCAACAAUUAGAAAUGGACUUCUAUGCAACAAUCAGCAAUCUUGACGCUAUACCAAUACAGAAGUUAUACAUCUUUUCCGGGAGUCAUACUGGUCUACACUUAUGUAGAUCCUCCAAUAAGUCCACUCAUAAUCCUUUUAUAAGAUAUUAGGGGUAACAGAAGGCUUAUCAUGUGAGGAGGUGUUUACGAAGACUUACUCGCCUGCUGAGUUGGGCUUUCAAAGCUUCUGUAUAUUGAAUAAAAGUUAUUUUUUCCCAGACAGACAGUUCAAUUGCAGUUGAAAUAAAUGCAUUACUUUAACAAGACUGUCAUAUAUUUUGGGUCUGCCGUUGUCUAUUGCAUGUCUAACAUUUACCAUUAGCUCACCCAUUGCACCUCAGGCUCCCCUGUUCUGCCCAUCUGUCCUAAUAUGGGCACUUCUGGCUCCAAAAAGCCAAGGUGGCAACAGAAAAAAUAAAAAUAAAGCAGCCCAAAUAUCAAUGAGUGACGUCAUGGUGGAUCUGUCCACUUCUUUAUACAGUUUAUGUUAAUAGUAGUAAUGGCCAGUACAAUACAGACUCCAACACAACCUUCAUGCAAGCACACAGUCAUGCACAAAUCUUAUGAACUGAACCUUUAAAUAAUUAUUUUAUCAAGUGUUUAAAGAGUUAAAACUGUUAAUGCUCCUUUGAUGUUACAGUGAACGAUCAUGUUUUACACAUCAGCAUCUUAAAUAAGAUUUGAUUCUAAGAUUUUUGUUUUCAUGGGCUUGGCAUCAUCUGGGCAUAAAAAGAAAGUUUUUCUGUCUUUGUAUCUACUAAAUGGCAAACAGUAUUCUGUUACAAACACAUACACUGACCAGUGUGGCACUUCUUUGCUUGAGCUUUCAUCUUUCACACAGCACAUCUGUUUCACUAUACACCACAAAUUUGGUUGUGAUAAGAAAAUAAAAACAAAAAAAAAAACUGAUCACUGACCUAAGGUAGAGCAUGUAAACUACCAAUUUACUACUGUGACUUUCAAAAAAGCUAGUGGCUACCAUCAACAAAAUAGCAAUAGUGUCAUACACUGUAGCAGAAUAUUAAAAUUUUGUAUGAACUAAAUCAUUUUCAGGCAGUUGAAAAAAAAGAACAUACUGUCACACAUAAAAUGCCUUGGA